CCAGAUCGAGGCUAUCCCGGGGCGGAGCUGCACUGUUAGAGCUCGUCAUCUGGACGCUUUGGAUACUCGUUUGCAGAGACGCAGUCGUGCCAUCUUGGAGGGUUGUUGUGUGUUUUUUUUUUUGAGACAGAAGUUCACCUCUUGUGAUUGUUCGCCAUGGGAGCAGAGAGCUCAGUGCAGCAGGACGUGAAGAGCCAGGAGGAUGCCUCAGCUUCAGCUUCAGCCUCCGCCGGGGAGCUGAGUGCGGAGGUGAACGCGCUCCAGGAGGGAAGCAGCGUCCUUGACAGCAAGCCUUUGGAGAAAAAUGGCCAAAUCUCCAGCAUGACCAGUCUGAAUGGACAUUCAGAGGACAACACGCUGGCAGAAGUUGGCCAACCAGAUGGUGUGACUCAGAAGGAGGAGGCUCCUGAGGCUAUGGACACCAUCCAGGGUGAAGUGGCUCCCCAAGUGAACGGCGAGAAAGUGGAGAAGGAGUCCCCUGAUGCCAAUGACAUCUCGGUUGUUGAGGAGAAAGCAGCUGAGGAGAAACCUGAUGAAGCCAGCGAGGUGGGCUUCAAGAAGAUCUUCCGCUUUGUGGGCUUUAAGUUCACACUGAAGAAAGACAAAAGUGAGGAGAAAGAUCCCGUGAAGCUUCUGACAGUCAAAGAUAAAGAAGAAGAGGAGGUGAGCGGGACUGACAAACCUACAAAGGAGGAAGAGACUACCACUGCUGAGGAGAAGAGCACAACGGAAGAAAAGGAGGCUGAUACAGAGGUGUCUACUGCUGAGGCCGAAGUCAGUAAAGAUGACAAAGCUGAAACCACUGAUGCCCCAGCUGAAGGCCCUGCAGCUGAAGCUACUGAUGAAGCAGUCAAGGAGGAAGGAGCUGAGAAGGAAGGAGAGAGCACCAUGUCCCCCCUCAGAAGGCUCUUCAGUGGAGGACUCUUCUCUAACCUGAGAAAGAAAGCCAGCAUCAAGAAGACAAAAGAGGAGGAAGACAAGGAGGCAGCUGCUGAGAAGGAGGCAGCUGCUGAGAAGGUGGCAGCUGCUGAGGAGGAGACAGCUAAGACCGAAGAAACUGCUGCUGCUGCUGAAGAAAAGGAGGAGAAGGUUGAGGCAGAGCAAGAAACUAAGGAGGAGGAGGCACCAGCCACCCCAGAGGAAGUGAAAUCAGAGACUGCCCCAGAGCCAGAGGUCACUGUUGUAUCCACUGCUGCAGAAACUACUGAUGAGACCAAACAAGAAGAGGAAAAGGCCGAACCUAGUUCAGAGGAGGAGAAGCCUGCAGCAGAGGUGACUUCUGAAGCUGAGCAGCUUUCAUCACAGGAGAGGGCUAAGCCCCAGGGAAGCCCCCUGAAGAAGCUUUUCACUGGAGCUGGCUUGAAGAAGCUCUCAACUAAGAAACAGAAGACCAAGAAAGAAACUGAGACGAAGCUCACAGAGUCUGGGGAGCAGGCGGCUGAGCAGCUUCAAUCCUCCACUGAGUCAGCAGAGGCUCCAAAAGCUGACAGUGGACCACCAUCGCCUGAGGAGUCAGGAGAGCAUGUUAUUGCUGUCGAGGUGACCCAGAAUGAGUCGAGUCAGGAGACUGAUGGUGAAGUUGCCUCUGAUGGAGAGAAGAAAAAAGAGGGUAUCAUUGCAUGGUCUUCCUUCAAGAAACUAGUAACACCCAAGAAGCGUGUAAAAAGGUCUUCUGAGAGCGAAGAUGAAGCCACAGGUGAGAAACAAGCAAAGUCAGCCACCCUGUCCUCUUCUGAGAGUGCUGCAUUAGCAGAUAAGAGUGUUGACGAAGAGACUAAGGAGGAUAAACCAACCGAGGAAGAGCCAAAGACUGAAACAACCGAGAAACUGGUGAGCAGCACCGAGGAGCCCAAAAAGAAAAUGGACACCUCUGUCUCCUGGGAAGCUCUUAUGUGUAUAGGUGGACCCAAAAAGAGGACCAGGAAGACCUCUGAUUCUGACGAUGAUGAGACAAAGGUUGAGGAGGAACCGGCAGCAGUAGAAGGGGAGCAAGAGGGCAAAACUGAGGCUGCCAUUGUCAGUUCCCAAACCACAGACAGUGAUGGAGAGAUUGCUUCCUCCCCUGAGAGAGAGUCCACCUGGGACACACUGAAACGCAUGGUAAUGUCAAAAAAUAAGACCAAAGCUGAGGAAAAGCCAGAGGAGACUACAGAGCAAGUCCAGUCAGACAGUGAGGCACCUAAAGAUGAGUCGUCAUUCUCUUUGAGGAAGCUUUUCCCUGGACGCAGAAAGAAGAAGGCUGAUAAACAAGCCUCCACUGAACAGGGCUCAGGUGAGGAGGACUCUGACACCCCAGCUGUGGUUCCUCUCUCAGAGUAUGAUGACAAAGUUGAAGCUGCUGAACCAGAAGCACCAGCAGCACCUGUUGAAAUCCAGAUUAAAGUGACCUCUGAAGAUAGAGCCCCUUCAUGGAUCCCAGCCAAUAUCGAAGACGGUGAAGAUAUACACGAUCAGCUGAGUGACAUUCCAGAGGAGGCUGAAAAUGUUGCCACUCCAAAGUCUGUGGACACUGACAUUGCAGAGGAUGAAACCGAGGACAAGGAUAGUCUGUCUCCAAAAUCUGCAGGGCGCACAGGGCGCAGAUUGUCCACAGCUGAGGUGAUGCCUGUCGCUCCAGCUCUAUCUGCAGAAACAACUCCUGUUCCUCAGGGACCCAAGCCAGAGAGCGCUGAGGAGGUUAUUGAGGGCAUUGAGGCCCAAAUCAACGAAAUUCCACCCCAGACAGGUGUGACCACUGAAGAUGUACCAAUAGAGGCAGCUUCUGAAAAAAUAGAGUAUGAACCACCAACUGAGAGUGCAGAGUCCAAGACAAACACCAUCCUGGAGCCACACGCUCAUGACGAGGCCAUGGCUAUCUGCACUGGCCUAGGAACCAAGGAGAUUGCCAAAGUAGCUCUGGAGAAACCUGCAAUGCCCAUCAUAGAGCCUGUGGCCGUGAUCCGUGAUGCUGUAGGCAGAGAGGUGUCAGUGGAAGAGAAGCCAGCAUGUACAGAGGAAGUCGCAGUUACUGAAGAUGCAGUGCUCAAUGCCCAAGUGCACCAAAUAGAAAUCGCCAAGCUUGAGCCUGCUGUUGAGAGUUCAUCAGGCGAAACGUCAGAGGCUCAAGUAGCCACUCAGAGCUAUGAACCCAAGAUUGAGCAGGUUGGAAUUGUCAGCACUGUUCUUGAGGAGAGUGAAAUCAUUCAGACUACCACCACUAGUGAGAACUCUCCUAAAGCUGUUAUAGUCGAUCCCAUCGUACCAACAUCUGAAACAGCUGUUUGUACACAGAGCGUAGAAGUCAAUGAGCCAACUGUAGAGACCAAGGAAGUGAAAAUGGACCUGGAGCAACUUGCUGCCACUGAAGAGAAUACUGCUGAAGAGGUUAUUCAAUAUGUGACUGAAGAUAUAUCCUCCACCAUAUGUGAAAUCACAAAAGCCAGCAUCACAGAGGAGACUGUGCCAGAAGCUGUACCAAGUGAGGAGGGUCCUGUUAUCACUGAAUCAAUAGUUCUCGAGGCUCCAGUCAGUGCGGUAACAUCAGACAUAGUGAGCAUGGAAAAUGCACCAGAGCCAGUUGGUGAUGAACCAGUCCAGGUGCAGGAAACCAAGGAGGAGGGUGCAGCUGAAGAGAAUGUGGAGGCAACUACCGCACAGACAGAGUCAGAGAUCAGUGAAGGGACAGAGCAGGUCAGCGAGAAGAUUGAGGAAAUCAAGGAAGACGUCCAGCAGACCAGUGAAAUUGAGGCUGAAAGUAUGGUCAUUGCCCAAUCUGUCAUUUUGGAUGCCAUGGAUAAAGUUUCAAAGGAGGCACCUGAACCCAGCACCCCAACACCAGUCCAGGCUGUAGCAACAACAGAGGAAGAGAUCACAACAGAGACCCCUGUUAUCUCUGAGACCCCUGUUGCUGUCGUCUGUGAAACACCAGCACCAAAGUCACCUCAGCUGCUCAGAGUCGCCGUCGAGGUUAUUGACUCAAUCCCAGUGGAGGUCACAGAGAGUCUUGAUGCCCCUGUGGAGGAGGAGAAGAAACCAGAAGAAGGGUUAAAGAAAGCUGUGGAAGUAAAAGUAAGUGAAGAGACUGUCGUAGUGGAAGAAGUGGAGGAGUUAAAGGAGGAGAGUCAAGAGGAGGUCAAGGAGGAACAGAGCAAAGAAGAAGCAGAGGUUCAGGAACCAGAUGUUAAAGAAGCAGCCGAGGAAGUCAAACCACAAUCGGAGGAAGCAAAGACAGAGGCCCCUUCAGAGCAGAAAGUGCUUGAGAUUCACAUGCCGGUCCAAGUGGUCCUGCAGACGGCCCAGGUGGAGGAACUGUCGGUGGAGGAAGAGGCUGUGGAGGAGUUCGACAGCAACGGCCCUGUGGCUGAAGACACCAGCGUAAAAGUAAAAGCUGAGAGUGCCGGAAAGAAGCUCUCAACGGUGUCAGAAGAAGCUCAAGCCACGACCUCAGCAGAGGUUCCCGCUCCCAGCCAAGUCACAGAGGAGGAGAAGGCAGAAGCACCAUCAGGAAAGUGCGCAGAAGUGAUGGCACAGGUGAUCGAGGUGAUCGAGGAGGCUGUGAAGGAGAUUGAGCCUGUGUCCACAGAGAUCACAGCAGCAUCAUGAGCAGCUGAAGAUACAAGACUGAAGCCUGGGAGACGCACUGUCUGGACCAGGAAGUGAGUGAUGAGGGAGAGAGAGAGAUCGAGAGAAAGAAAGAGGCUGCUCGGUGGUAACACACUGAGACUGGGCUCCACCCAUCCCGCCCAGAGAGACUGAGUGACUGAGCAACAGCUCCGCCAUUCUCUCCACGUCCCCUUCCACCUGUACUCCAACCCCCCCAUCCUGCAGCCCCUGUCACCACAACGUGACGUCCCCACCGCCAUAUCCUCACCCACUCACUCACUCUCAUACACGCACACACUAAAGCAUGUCCUGUGCCUCAGAAGCAUCCCACCUGGCUUGUAAUCAGUGUGAUGUAUGUUCAGUGUCUCCGUGACUUUUCAUUGCCCUUGCUGCAUAAGACGAGUGUCUGCAAGUUGGUUGAGUGCGAAUCUGUCCAUGUGUGCGUGCGCGUGUGUUUGUAUGUGUAUAGUAGGGAGAGUGAGAUGGUGUCAGACAGUGAAGAGAUGGAGGAUUAUUAUCUUGUAUAUUGUAUUUAUAUCUUGAGUAUUCUUUAAUUCACCCUUAAGUCUUUUUUCCCUUUUUUGUUUGUACAUUGUUGCCUUGUUGUUUUUAAAUUCCUACAUUAAGCUGUGAUACAUCAGGUAUUCUUUGGAGCAACAUUAUGACAGUAAAUUUCACAGUUGAUGCAGAGAAACGUCUGAACAGUGUCUUGUAAUAUUUACCGUGUGAGUGACCGGUGUAUCACAGCUUUUUAUAGUCAUAUUCAAUAAUUAUUUCAACUAAACCAUGGUACAAGUGUGAUUCCACUGACAGUAAGUGAUAACACUGACUGAAGAAAACACCCAAGAGGGCAGACAGUAUGAUGAUCACUACCAGAAAUGCUUUUGACACAAAUGUGUUCUCACUCUGCAUCCCAACAAAAUAACUUCAUAAGCUUUGUGUAGAUAAGACAAACAAUCACUGCCUGAUUUACUGUGAAAAAGAUAUUGUUACACAUUGUUUCAUGUAAUAAUAAAAUAAAGUACUAUUUUAACACCCUCAUUUGAUCAUGUGGCAGAGGUAUUUGGUAAACAGUGACAUGCACAGGAUACAUAGGCUACUUUAUGACACUGUAAGACAAGUGCAUGUAAGAAACACAAAGCAUAUCAGUGUUUAAUGGCCGUGUUUCUGAAUUACUGUGUGACAUACUGUAUGUUUUAUUUGUGUGUAGCAAUUUUAACACCUUCCUUACUACGCUAUAUUUAUAUGUCCUGAUGCAAAGGCAGUAUGUUGAUGCCCUCUGUUGCCUAAAAAAAGUAGUGCACCCUUAAUCUUCAGUCAUUGGUGUCAUUUUGGCUUCAACUGCAUGUUCAGGGUGAUAAAGUAUGAAAAUGUUCAAUCCAGUCUUAUGGUACCUGCUCCCGUGUCGUGUUCUUCACCUAGCACGAUGGCUCAGGCUCAUUAAACUGGCACUGGGAUUUAGAGAGGAACAGACACGGUCUGCAUGGUACCAGGAAAAAAAAAAAUAUCUCAUUUUGCUCUUAAUUUGAAAACCAAAUUGAGUUAGGAUCAAUCAGGGAGUCAUGGUUUUUCCAUUGCUCACAGGAUGAGACAUCAGUUGCAUCCAAUUAAAUUCCUACUCAGCUGCUUUGAGUCAUGCAUCAAACCUAAGUCAUGAGGUCAGGGCUUAUUUUGCGAGGUCAUUGGCAAAGUGGGAGAUGUUUUAGGGUGGAGGAAUAUCUAAAACAUUCCUGGGGGUCCAGUUUUAUCCACCAAAGCGAACGUGUGACUGUGGGUCACACUGGUAAUUGCUGACGUCCUACCAAAUUUGGCAAACUUGCACUGUGUCAGUCAUUCAGCUCUCGAGAGUUAGCUGUUAGUGCUUCCACUGAUUAUAACUUGACACGAGCAUCUCUAGAGGCUCACAUUUCACUCAGCUUUAUGACCAAACCAGAGAAAGAUCAGGAAGUACGUACCCCUGUUGGGUCAUCACUUCCCUUUACUUUGACUCUAGAGGGUUUGUCACAUCCAUACUUGCUUUAUGUAAAAGAUACAGGAUUAAACUAAGACAAAGUGAGCUAAAGACUUUUGUUAUUGUUGCAAAAUGUAAAGCAUUUAGUUGGGGCACCUGCCCACUUUAGUCCUCCCUGCUUUUUGUAACACACUUAACUGUGAACCUGUUAACAUUUGUACAGAUUGUAUACCUACUGUAUGUACUUAAAAAUCAUAUUGUUGUAAUAUUAACUAAUAACCUGCAGCCAUUUAGCAUAAUAUUCAUGUAGCAUGGAAUUAAUGGUCUUUUAUAUUUUCCAAGCUGUUAAUAGUAAGGAUACAGAAACUUGUCUAUAUUUCAUUCAAUAAAGGUAGAGAAAAAUGGUG